AAUUUCACUCGUCGAUCAUAACCUCUGCGGGCAAAGAUGGAAUUCGAGAAGAUCAAGGUGAUCAAUCCCGUUGUUGAAAUGGAUGGAGACGAAAUGACUCGAGUUAUCUGGAAAUUCAUCAAAGACAAGCUUAUUUUCCCUUUCGUGGAGUUGGAUAUCAAAUACUUUGAUCUUGGACUGCCUAACCGCGAUUUCACUGACGAUAAGGUUACUAUAGAGAGUGCUGAAGCUACUUUAAAGUAUAAUGUGGCUAUUAAGUGUGCGACUAUUACUCCGGAUGAAGCUCGUGUUAGGGAGUUCGGCUUAAAGAAAAUGUGGAGGAGUCCUAAUGGAACAAUAAGGAACAUUUUAAACGGCACAGUUUUCAGGGAGCCUAUCAUUUGCAGAAACAUCCCUCGUAUUGUUCCAGGAUGGACGAAGCCAAUCUGUAUUGGAAGGCAUGCUUUUGGUGAUCAGUAUAGAGCCACUGAUAUCAUUUUCAAUGAACCAGGAAAACUGAAACUAGUUUUUGAGCCAAGUGGAUCUUCUCAGAAAACAGAAUUCGAAGUCUUCAAUUUCACUGGUGGAGGUGUUGCUUUAGCCAUGUAUAACACUGAUGAGUCUAUUCGUGCAUUUGCUGAGUCCUCGAUGUACACAGCUUACCAGAAAAAGUGGCCACUUUACCUCUCCACAAAAAACACCAUCCUCAAAACAUAUGAUGGAAGAUUCAAGGAUAUAUUCCAAGAAGUUUAUGAAGCUAAUUGGAGAUCCAAGUAUGAAGCUGCAGGGAUAUGGUAUGAGCAUCGUUUGAUAGAUGAUAUGGUUGCAUAUGCCAUGAAAAGUGAGGGGGGUUAUGUCUGGGCAUGCAAGAAUUACGAUGGAGAUGUACAGAGCGAUUUCUUAGCCCAAGGAUAUGGAUCUCUGGGAAUGAUGACGUCGGUGUUGGUUUGUCCUGAUGGAAAAACCAUUGAAGCAGAAGCAGCUCAUGGCACAGUUACUCGCCACUACAGAGUUCACCAAAAAGGUGGUGAAACAAGCACCAACAGCAUAGCCUCCAUUUUUGCUUGGUCCAGAGGCCUUGCCCACAGGGCAAAGCUGGACAGCAAUGCCGCACUCUUGAGCUAUACUGAGAAACUAGAAGCAGCUUGCAUGGGGACGGUGGAGUCUGGCAAAAUGACUAAGGAUCUAGCUCUUCUGAUCCACGGACCCAAGGUUAGGAGGGAUCAGUAUGUGAAUACAGAAGAGUUCAUUGAUGCGGUGGCAUGGGAGUUAAGAAGAAGAUUGUUAGGCAACUCCAGACCACCGAUGAUGAUUUUGAUGAUAACAGCUCCCGUUUUCACCAAUUGUCCUCCUCACCUUCUCCUCCGCCAUUCUUUCCCCUGCGAUCACUCUUCUUCUUCUUCUUCUUCGCUUCGCCAUGAAUCAAUCGGAAACUUUCAUCGGAAGAAAAUUCCACGUUUCAGAACCGUAUCCUCUUCUUCUUUGUUGCCGCAACCGUCGGUUCGUCCGGAUAAGGCAUCGGAGUUAAAGACUCUGUGGAAGAAAUUCUACAAAGUCGCGUCGCCUUAUUGGUUUUCCGAGGACAAAGACCAAGCCAGGCUUCGUCUCGCAGCUGUCUUCGCCCUAACACUCGCCACCACCGGCAUUAGCGUCGGCUUCAAUUUCCUCGGCCGUGAUUUCUACAAUUCUCUCGCCAACAAAGACCAAGAGCAAUUCACGAAGCAGUUGUUCUAUUACCUCUGUGCUUUCGCCGGCGGAAUUCCGUUCUUUGUGCUAAGAGAUUAUACAAAAGAGACUUUAUCACUGAGAUGGAGAUCAUGGAUGACCAAAUAUUACCUGCAGCGUUAUCUGAAAGAUCAAACCUUUUACAAGAUCCAGUCUCAGUCUAUGAUUGACAAUCCAGAUCAGCGCAUUGUUGACGAUUUGAGUUCCUUCACUGGAACUGCCUUGUCUUUCUCUUUGACGCUUGUCAAUGCCACCAUUGACCUCAUCUCUUUUAGCAACAUCCUCUUCACCAUUUAUCCUCCUCUCUUUCUCGUUCUCUUGCUCUACUCCUUUGGCGGAACAGCCAUCAGUGUCUUUCUUGGCAAGGGACUAGUGAAUCUCAACUUUCUACAAGAGAAGAAAGAGGCUGACUUUCGUUACAGCCUUGUACGAGUGAGGGAAAAUGCUGAAUCGAUUGCUUUCUAUGGAGGCGAACAGAAUGAAAUGCAGCUUCUGCUUCAACGUUUCAGAAGCGCCUUUGAUAAUUUAACUGAAUUGCUGAUAGCAUCCAGAAACCUAGAAUUCUUCACCGAUGGAUAUCGCUACCUCAUUCAGAUUCUUCCAGUUGCUGUUGUUGCCCCAAUGUAUUUCUCCGGGAAGAUUGAGUUUGGUGUCAUUAACCAGUCAGUGUCAGCAUUCAAUCAUAUCCUAGGAGACUUCUCGCUCGUUGUUUAUCAGUUUCAAGCUAUCAGCUCUUUUUCUGCUGUCAUUGAUCGACUAGGUGAAUUCGAUGAUCUUUUGGAUAACAACAUCUUCAGAGAUCCCUCUGGCAUUGUGGACGGGAUUGAGCUAACGUAUCAGAGUGAGGUGAACUCUUCACUGCUGGACACCAAUGGUUCAAUCAAGUCCCAACUGAACCAAAAGCGUCUGGAGAUCGAGGAGCUUACUCUUCAAACACCAACAAAUGGAACCACAUUGGUUCACAACUUAUCUGUGGAUAUAUAUGACAAGGAUCAUCUACUGAUAAUGGGUCCUAGUGGGAGUGGUAAAACUUCGCUGUUAAGAGCAAUGGCUGGUCUUUGGAGGUCAGGGAAAGGAAAAAUCACGUUCUACCUCGAUUCUGAGGAUGAUUUUACACAGGAGGAAUCUAAUACUCAGGAAAAUUCAGAGAAAAGAAGUUCGGGAGACGUAUUGUUCCUUCCACAAAGGCCUUAUAUGGUUCUGGGAUCGUUGCGUCAGCAAUUGCUUUAUCCUACCUGGAGUGCAACUGUGGAGGAGGCGACACCUGGUGGCAGUAAUAUAGACGAUACUCAGUUUAAAUUUGUGGCUGGUUCACCACCUCUCCUGAUUAGAGAAGACGGAAAUGAAAAGUGUAAUAAGCCGACAACAGAUGAUCUGAUGCGGACUCUAGAGAAGGUUUGUCUUGGACAUAUAGCGGAUCGCUUUGGUGGUCUUGAUUCGAUACACGAGUGGUCCAGUGUUCUUUCACUUGGUGAGCAGCAGCGCCUCGCCUUUGCACGGUUAUUGCUUUCUCAGCCAAAGCUGGCGCUCCUGGAUGAAUCCACCAGUGCGUUGGAUGAAGCUAAUGAGGCGCUCCUGUACCAGCAAAUCCAGUCGGCUGGCAUUACAUAUAUAAGCAUUGGCCACCGCCGAACUUUAACGAAAUUCCAUAACAAGAUCUUACAAAUCUCAACGGCAGACCCGAAGAGCAAGGAAAGUAACUGGCGAAUAGAGGACGUGGAUGCCCAAGAUUGUUUGUAUGGUCGAUUGAAUCAAGAGGAGACUCGACUCAGUCGUUCAAAGUCGAGAGUCAGAGUCGAAAGAGCGCAAGCAAGGAUGGUGACGAAGGAAUCCAUUGAAGUGAUAGCUCAGAGCAUUGGACUCUCCAGUCUUUCUCCGGAAGUCUCAGCGGCUCUUGCUCCCGAUGUCGAGUAUCGUGUCCUAGAGGUGAUGCAGGAAGCUAUCAAAUGCAUGCGCCAUGCUCGUCGCACCACUUUAAUGGCUCAUGAUGUCGAUUCUGCUCUUCAUUUCAGGAAUUUGGAGCCUACCUCCGGCUCCAAAAGUAUGCGGUUCAAGAGAGUUCCUGAGAACAGAGAUCUCUACUUUUUGGAUGACAAAGAUGUCGAGCUCAAGAAUGUUAUCGAAGCUCCUCUACCAAAUGCACCUCCUGAUGCAUCUAUUUUCUCUCACUGGUUGGCAAUUGAUGGUAUUCAACCUUCCAUUCCACAGAAUUCUCCUCUCCAAGCCAUAUCUGACCUUAAACGAUCGGAAUAUAAGGACGAUGGCUUCGCUGCUAGACAGAUUUACUUUGACAAAGUCACGGAGUGGGCUUUGACACAAUCUGGCUCCACCCUCUUUAGACAAGCACUCUCCAGCUUGGAAACUGACCCUGGACUCCACCCUUUAGUUCCCUUUUUCACUUCUUUCAUCGCUGAAGAGAUUGUCAGGAACAUGGAUAAUUACCCAAUCUUGUUGGCUUUGAUGCGUCUUGCUAGAAGCCUCCUUCAUAACCCUCAUGUACAUAUUGAACCAUAUCUGCAUCAAUUUAUGCCGUCUAUUAUCACUUGCCUCAUUGCCAAGAGCUUAGGAAGAAGGUCAUCUGAUAAUCACUGGCACUUGAGAAACUUCACUGCCAGUACAGUUGCUUCAACGUGCAAAAGGUAUGGACACGUUUAUCACAACUUGUUGCCACGUGUUACAAGAUCACUGCUUCAUACCUUUUUGGACCCAACCAAGGCACUUCCACAACACUAUGGGGCAAUUCAAGGGAUGGUAGCCCUUGGGCUUAAUAUGGUUCGCUUUCUUGUUCUCCCAAACCUAGGGCCGUAUUUGCUGCUUCUUUUACCUGAAAUGGAACCUGAGAAGCAGAAGGACGAAGCGAAGAGGCACGGGGCUUGGCUCGUUUAUGGAGCGUUGAUGGUGGCAGCUGGUCGAUGCCUAUAUGAGAGGCUUAAAACAUCUGAGACACUGCUGUCUCCUCCAAAUAGCUCUGUCUGGAAGACAAAUGGAAAGCUUACCUGUCCCAGGCAAAGUAAACGCAAGGCAAGUAGUGACAACUUAACUCAUCAACCACCACUGAAGAAGAUAGCAGUAGGGGGAAUUAUACAAAUGAGCUCCGCACAGAUGCAGAUGCACGGAACCACAACAGUCCCUCAACAGUCGCUAGUUGGAAGGGACAUUGCUCCCAGGACUUCAGCUGCUCUGGGCACUGACGUGGACAAAUAUCUGUUUCCUCUUUUUGAAUAUUUUGGUGAGAGCAUGCUUAUGUUCACCCCCAAAUAUGAGCUCAGUUUCUUCUUGUAAUAGAUUAUUCACAUGCAAGUGUUUGUACCACAAUGAAUACAUAUAUAAUCAUUCG